UAGACUUUCUUCUAGUUCUCAACAACAUACACAAUAUUCAGACAUAAAGGCAUUGGGAGAGAUUUGUUUUGUGAAUAUGACAAUGGCUCUUCUUCAUCUUCCUCUUCUUUCCCCCAUCUCUUGUUUUACUUCCACACAAAAUAGUCUUCCUUCUCAUCCUAAAUUUUAUGUUUUUUCCCAAAUGGUUAAGCAAUCGACCCUAGUUCGAAAAGCUUAUGAUGAUUAUGUCGUUCGACGAUCUGCAAAUUACGAACCUCCUAUUUGGAAGCAUGAGUUUGUUCAAUCCUUGAAGAGUGGAUUCAUGGAAAAGAAGUGUUUAGAUCGAAGAGAUAUACUAAUAAGAAAAGUGAAAACGAUACUCAACGAAGAAUUAUUGGUUAAUGAUAUUUUGAAAGGAUUGGAGGUUGUUGAUGAAUUGAAAAGGUUGGGAUUGUCAUAUCACUUUCAAAUGGAAAUAAAUCAAAUAUUAGAGAGUAUGAAUGAAAAAUUCCAAAAUGGAGGAGAGGGUUUAGAAUGGAAAAACAAAAGCUUAUAUGCUACAUCUCUUCAUUUUAGAAUUUUAAGGCAACACGGCUAUCACAUCUCUCAAGAUGUCUUCAAGGAGUUUGAGGAUGAGCUAGAAAAUUUGGAUAGUAAUUGUGAAGAGAAAGCUAAAGGAAUGUUAUCAUUUUACGAAGCUUCCUUCUUAGCAAUGGAAGGUGAAAGCUUUUUGGUUGAAGCCAGACAAUCUGCCGUCCAACAUCUUUCAAAAUACCUUAAAUCCAAUAAUAACGAUGAAAUAAUUUGUACUAUGAUAAGCCAUGCUCUCCAACUCCCAUUUCAUUGGAGAAUGCCAAGAUUGGAGGCUAGAUGGUUUAUCGAUGUGUAUCGAAGAAAACCCGACUCAAAUUCGGUGUUGUUGGAAUUAGCCAAGUUAGACUUCAAUGUUGUUCAAUCCAUACAUCAAGAUGACCUAAAAGAUGUUUCCAGGUGGUGGAAGAGAACAGGGCUUGGAGAAAAACUUGAGUUUGCAAGGGAUAGAUUGAUGGCUAAUUUCUUUUGGUCUGUGGGAAUGGGAUGUGAACCUCAUCUUGGAUAUUUUAGAACAAUGUCUACUAAAAUUGCUUCAUUAAUAACCAUUAUCGAUGAUGUUUAUGAUGUCUAUGGAACUUUGGACGAACUCGAACUUUUUACUGAUGCCGUUGAAAGAUGGGAUAUUGGUGCAAUUGAUUCAUUACCAAACUACAUGCAAAUAUGUUUUAUUGCUCUCCACAACACCAUCAACGACAUGGCUUUUGAUGCAAUUAAGGAUUAUGGAGUUAAUGUCAUUUCAUAUUUAAGAAAAAUGUGGACAGAUUUAUGCAAAUCAUUCUUGAUAGAGGCAAAGUGGUAUUACACCAAUUAUAAACCAACAUUCCAAGAGUAUUUGGACAAUGCAUGGAUCUCAGUUUCAGGAUCUCUUCUUCUCCUUCAUGCUUAUGUCUUUGCAACAAACUCAAUAACAAAAGAGGCUCUGGAAUGCUUGCAAGAUUAUCCUCAUAUUAUUCGAUAUUCAUCAGUCAUCUUUCGUCUUGCCAAUGACUUAGCUUCAUCAUCGGAUGAAGCAAAGAGAGGAGAAGUCGCUAAAUCUAUCCAAUGUUACAUGAAUGACACGAGUGCCUCAGAACAAGAAGCACGACAAUGUAUAAAGGAUUUGAUUAUGGAUUCAUGGAAGAAAUUGAAUAAAGAAGUUCAAACUUUGAAUUCUACGCAAUUAUUCUCUGAGGGUUUUGUUGAAAUUGCCUUAAAUCUCGCUAGAAUUUCUCACACAGUCUACCAACAUAGAGAUGGCCACACUGUUGAAGAUCAUGAGACCAAGGAGCGUGUAUUAUCCUUAUUUGUCAAGCCUGCUUAGAUUCAUAAAAGUCAGACUUCAAAUACUGCAGUUGAAUGAAUGUGCGGUUAAGAACAACGAACUUCUACAAGUGUAUGAUAUUGUCCACUUUGAGCCUACAUCUACAUAGUUUCUCUUUUGGUUUUACCCAAAAGAUCUCAUCACAAUAGAGAUUAUUAUUCACACUUAUAUACUUAUGAUCAUCCACUUUCCUAA